UAAGCGGUUGUGUGUGAAGGGAGCAUCUCGUGGAUCUCCGUCAGUCGGGCAGUGAAGGGUUAAUGUUACUGUACAGAUACAGGACUGUGAGCCGGUGUCUAUAGGCUGCUCGUGUCCACUGGCUCCAUUACUCGCUGCAUGCUACUCUACUUUCCCCAUUCUCACAGUGAGCACCAAAGAAGAGCUCUGCACCUGCUCUGCAGACACCUUCCAGCAUGGAUGCGUUAAAAUCGGCCGGGAGAGCAAUAAUCAAAAGUCCUGGAGUUCCGCGGCACACAUGGGGAACGUCAAAGCAUGAAAAGCUCCCAGAGAACUGGACGGACACCAAGGAGACACUCUUGGAAGGGAUGGUGUUCAACGUGAAGUAUCUGGGCAUGACUCUGGUUGGCCAGCCUAAAGGAGAAGACAUGGCAGCGGCUGCUAUCAGGAGGAUUGUAGCCACGGCUCGGGCCAGUGCAAAGAAGUUUCGGAAAGUGACCCUCACUGUCUCCCCCAAAGGAAUCGUCAUCUCAGACACUGAGACCAAUGACCUCGUCGAGGACGUUUCCAUUUACAGAAUAUCUUACUGCACAACAGACAAAACUCAGGAUAAGGUCUUUGCCUACGUCUCCCAAAGCCAGUUCAACGAAACUCUGGAGUGCCAUGCCUUCCUGUGCCAAAAAAAGAAAAUAGCUCAGGCUGUGACUCUGACAGUUGCACAAGCUUUCAAAGUAGCUCUGGAUCUGUGGGAGAUCGCACAGGAAGACAAAAGUAAGAAACCCCGCACAUGCUACACCUGUUCAGACCCUGAAUCUCAGCCUGAAUCUGAAGCAAACAGUGUUUCAGAGGAGGAGAAGACUCAGGCUCUGAUGGAGCACAAACUUAGGAAGCCCUUCUUCCCUUCCUUCCUUUCACCGUCUCCACGCAGCAAAGCUAGGAGACGACCAAUCAAACACGACUCCUGGGAUGCGGAAGAUGGCCUCGAUGAUGCGUUUUCAAGCAAUAUGGAGGUGGAGGAGAUGGACGCAGGUAAGUGAGACUGGCAACAUCCCGCAGCAGAACCGUGUCUGAGGAUGCAGCUGUGAGUCCAGCGGAAGAAGAUCUCCUGUCCUUCAGCAGUGAGGACUCAGACUGAACACACACACACACACACAUCACUCUCACCAGCCUAUCAGAAAGUGUCCUGAACACACAACACACCCCAGCACCGCACACAACGUGCAACGUAUGCCUCAGUGAUGGACUCAUUCACACUACUGCCAUUUAAAACAGCAACAAUACCACAAAACAGCAGCAUAGACUUGCAUGAUUCAACUAUAGAACUCUUGAAUGCCAGUGUACUUACAUUAUAAUACUGCAAGUUCAGGGUAAGUACUUGACAAUACAACAUGUGUGAAACUGCAUGUUGUUAUAUUGUAUUCAAGUGUUUGUGUAAGUAGAUUUGCUACAUAUAUCAUGUAAAAAGUGUAAAUCUUUUCAACACAUUGGUGCUAUAUUGUAGAUACUUGGGUUAUAUUAUUUAAAUAUACAAUAACUGCAAACAUGUACUUGAAAGAGAGACCAAAUUUACAUUCCACAAAGAACAGAUGUCUGUCCUUCAGCCCAGCGUUCUUCAAGUCAACUGAACAAUCCACUGCAAAGCUCUCAGACGAGUGUGAUUAAACAUCAGAGGAUGUACAGUAGAAUUGUUCCGGACUGACAUUCUGAAGCACUGUAAUUCAAUUUCAGAUACAUAUUGUGGGUCAGGGUGACGUUUGCUUAAGCAAUCAUUACAGAAACUCUUUUCUGUGAUCAUUACAUUUUGAAAUAUUUUACAAAGGCCUCAAACACUUCUGAAUUUCUUUCUUCUUUAGGAUCCAAAAUAGUCUUGUGUAAAAUCCUUUCACACUGGCUUCCAGCCACAAGUGUUAGAUUUAUUAUUAUUAUUGUGGUCAGUGAAACUUAAUUAAUGGUAAUUAUUUUUAAAUAUAUGCAACUUCAUACAUUUACGGACCUGGAAUUUUUUCUUUAAAUGAUUUGGUUAAAAAUAAACAUCAUAUGAAUAGAAAAGGCACAACAAUUUAUAUCUUACUUUUUUCUAUAGGUUCUGCCAUUUAUUUGCUUUAUAAGAACUAAAGAAUAUUACACUUUGCCUCUCAGAAAUGAAAAACAAUCUUUUUCCCAUGAGUCCCAAUCAGUCUCUAGCAGCUAGCGUUACUGUCAUUCUGCCCUUUUUACGUUAUAUUAAAAUGCACGCUUCUCUUCAUCAUCAGUCUUUGAGCCUCAGUGGCUCUGUCAGCUUUUUGCUCUUUUGUGCAUUUUUGAAUAUGCAGUAUUUCCGCUCAGUAUUGCAGAUCAAAAUUUUUGAACCAUUUUCUUUCCUGCUGGAAGUGGAAUAAGUUUUGUUUAAUUUAAUAGAAUAUAUACUGUAAUAGCAGUGUCUGCUGUAGCUAAAGGUCUUAGUUCAGUUAGUGGUGUUCUGGUUAUUUUGAAUAAUCAUAUUGAAUCUGUCAGUGGGUUAAUUAUUAAUGUUUGUCCUAAUUUGACUGUUUAUGCAUUUCACAAAAAUCGCUGUUUUGUGUGCAAGGAUUUGGGACAUUUUCAGUGUCUUUAACAUUUGCAAAAGCCGUAGUAAAAACAUUUUUAUUAUGUCAUCAUAUCUGAAAUGAUUUCUUAAAUAUUGUUCAAUCAGUAUAUAAGAUCGUGUGUGAUUUUAUAAUGUGUUUUAUUUUGUUAUUUUUUUAUAGUAAGAAAUUUGGUGCUUUAUAAAAAUCUAUGCAAUCUAUGUUUGGCUUUGUACACAUACUAAUCUUUAUUAUUUAAACCAUCACGAAACCAUAAUUGAGCUGAAGGGUUCAUUUGAAUAUAUACAUAAACAUUGGUUGAUAUUUAAUUAUGUAUAAUAAAAUAU